AUGUGUCUUUAUAAGAGGGCCACACAUGGGACACAGCGGGGUAGGCUGAGGGGCCAGCAGGGUCUGCAGGAGGAAGACGAGGAAGAUCAGGAUAUGGAGGAUAAGUCAUUUAAGGAUUCCUUCAGGGUGCUGAUGAGGAACUACAAAGUGCUGCAGAACAUCAUAGGCCCUGCCUGCAUCUUCCUUAAAAAGGGCUUUGUUCAGACAACCGAUAGAGAGCUCAGACCAGAGGAGCUGGAAGAGCUCCGUGAGGCAUUUGUGGAAUUUGACAAGAACAAGAAGGGCUACAUCAGUCACAGAGAUCUCGGGGAGUGCAUGAGGACUAUGGGAUACAUGCCUACAGAGAUGGAGCUCAUCGAACUCAGCCAACAGAUCUCUGGAGGCAAAGUGGACUUUGAGGAUUUUGUGGAGCUGAUGGGACCAAAGUUGCUGGCAGAGACAGCAGACAUGAUUGGGGUCAAAGAGCUACGAGACGCAUUCAAAGAGUUUGACUCUAAUGGGGACGGUCAGAUCAGUUUGACGGAGCUGCGUGAGGCCAUGAAGAAGCUGAUGGGAGAACAAGUGACAAACAGAGAGAUUAACGAGAUCCUUAAGGAUGUUGAUCUGAAUGGAGACGGCCUGGUUGACUUUGAGGAGUUUGUGCGAAUGAUGUCUCGCUGAUCAUCCCAGCUGUCCUGCAUGUAACACAGGAAAAAGCAACACGUUCCUGCUGUGAACUUUAUUUUCAAUGUGUUUAAUAUAAAUAUUUUUCUAUCAAAUAUCAAAACAGGAAAAUAUAUAACUGAGACAAAGGAAAACAUAUGAAUAGCAGUAUAAUACAUAUCAGCUUGCAAAUGAAAAUGUAUAAUCUCUUGAUUUUAUCAUAUUUUUUAUAUGUAAGUUAUUCUUUUUUCGGGGUGUAUUUUUUUGUAAAA